AUGCAAUACCAAAACUGACCCUGCCUGGUAGAGGGACUGUGCUAGCGAGCAGAGCAGUGCCCACGUCGCCGGCACACCGUGGGAGCCGGCUCUCCCCUUCAGCCUCCGCAGCCCCUCUGGGGCAUCGCUGCUGCAAGUUCCCCGGAGGGAGACGCCGGGGCCGGGGAGUCUCCUCUGGGCGCCGAGAAGCGGUCGUUGCCCACGGGUUCUCCCUUUAUCCCGGCCCAUCUGCGGUCGUAGGGCGGCAGCGAGGGAGAUCGGUCCCCGGAGGGCAUUUCCCGGAGGCAGCGGGGCCGGGACCCGGCAGGAAAUGGAAGGAUGAAGUGUGCAGCCGGAGCGGUGAUGUUCCUUCUCUCCUUGCUUUCCCCUGCAGGAACGUAAUCCGCAAUGCUAGUUCUCAGGUUGCUCAAUGUUAUCGCUCCAGCCUACUUCUUGUGCAUCUCCCUAGUGACCUUCGUCCUCCAGAUCUUUCUCUUCAUCCCCAGCAUGUUCAGAGACCCUUCCAUCACCCCACUUUUCUCUCCUGCUCUGCUGCAUGGGGCCUUCUUCCUCUUCCUCUCAGCUAAUGCCCUGGGCAACUACAUCCUUGUGAUCCAGAACUCCCCAGAGGACUUGGGGAAGGGCUUAAACUUGGGCAAAGGAGCUGAAGUGGUGACAGACUGGCUGGAUGGAAGCAGGUCCCCUGGCUCAGCCUUGCCCAGCACUCACUUCUGUAGACUGUGUGCCAGGGUCACCCAGAGGCAUGACCACCACUGUUUCUUCACAGGGAACUGCAUUGGGAGCAGAAACAUGCGAAACUUCAUCAUGUUCUGCCUCUACACCUCCCUGGCUUGCCUCGACUCCCUGGUGGCAGGCAUGGCUUACAUUUCUGCUGCACUCUCCAUGUCUUUUGCAAACCCACUGGCUUUCCUUACUCUUCUGCCUCACUCCAUCAGUCAGUUCUUCUCAGGAGCUCUCCUUAGCUCUGAGAUGUUUGUCAUUCUCAUGCUCUACCUCUGGCUUGGGAUUGGACUGGCCUGUGCUGGCUUCUGCUGCCACCAGCUGCUGCUGAUCCUGCGUGGGCAGACACGGUACCAAGUGCGGAAAGGGAUGGUGGUAAGAGCCCGGCCCUGGAGGGAGAACCUGCAAGAGGUCUUUGGCAAGAGGUGGCUGCUAGGACUUCUCAUCCCUGUGCUGAACGUGGGAAGUGACUACCGUAGGCAGAAAGAGAAAUAAAAUUCCCAGGCGUGUGUGUGCAUCCCAUGUGCACAACGCCUUCCCUCUUCUCUCCCACUGUCUCCUGGAUCACUAAAGAGCUGGGCUACUCCAUCUCUCAGAACUGCAGCCUCUGUGGGAGGAAAGGACUGGCUAUCAAACAGAGUAAAUUUAGCAUAUUAACAAGGAGAUCAAAAACCACGUAGAUGAAGAGAUACUGCAGCUUAGUAGUCACAUCACUGCAGCUGUGUAUGGGGCAACAGCCUUUGAACUAGCAGAAAAAUUAGUCAGAUCCUCCUGUGGCUUCCUGCCUGACUCUUCCAGCCCCCAGCCCCAUUAGCCACCCUAUAUAGUCCCUAACAAACUGCAGCAGGAUCUUUCAGAGAGCCUGGGCUGCUGUUGUAGACUGCAAAAAAAGGGUGCCUGUUCCUUGGCAGGGUUUGGCAGGGGGUUGCAGGGUGCGAUUUGCGGGUCCUUGAGGUAACUUCUACUGAGAGCCCUUCAAUGACAGAGCUGAAAUACAACCAAGCUGCUUUAGGAGCAGGCUAUGCACAUGGCUAGUGUAGCAGGUAAACCUUUUCUCCACAGGCUCAGAAAUCAGGAAGAAAACAAAGAGAAAGUCAGAAUUCCUCAUUUCUGUUCUUGAUCUGCACCCUAUGCAAUGAUAUAUCAGGACUGCAGUGCUGCUACUUAUUUUCAGCAGUCCUUUGCUGAAUGGUACAGUCUAGGCAAUGCUGCCCUUCUGACAGGGAACAGCAAACAGAUAAAUCAUGAUAAGAAAGAAGCACAAGGAGAAGAAACCACAAAGGUGAAUGAAAAGGCUGUGUUUGAGAAGCUGUGUGAAGCGGUAGGCUAUGUGUGCCUGUGAGAGAGGGAGAGGAAGUGCAGACACGCUGUCAGGAGUGUGCCAAGAGCCCUGCUGAUGUGUCUAAGCCCUGCUGCAGGGGCACCUGCACCAUUAGUGCUGUGAGGAGUUCAAAAUCCCAGAAGACAGGGAGAUUUCCCAGCAUGUCAAGAUGCUUCACUCUGCACUAAAAUAACAAAAAUGUUGUCCACCUUGGGCAUCCCUGCCACAACAUAGUUACAGGCUCUCCAGGGCAAUCCCCUCUCGCAUUGCCGCAGAGGGGUAAAUUCAUCCAUGUUAUAACUCCAUUAAGGAGGUUAAUGGAAUUACUACAGGGAUUAAUCAACCUAAUGUGUCAGUUGUUUUCUAGCUGUGGCAACAACCCAUGAGAUCAGUGGUGAGAUCCUAUGCUAAUAGGUGCCUUAAGAAAGGAUACCAUGACAUCUCUGCCAGGAUCAUAGUGCUGGAUUCCUGAGCAGCUGCAACAAGAAGCCUCCAUUUGGGGAAAGUGCAUCAGCUUAUGCAAGCUGCAUAGGAAUCCACUGCUUCUUUUUAAUAGGCCGGGGAGUAUGCUGACAAGCCGUGAAAAAUGUUAUUUCUUCCUCAGAAAUGCUUUCAGUUCAUCCCAGGUAGGGCAAUGCACCUGCUUUCAUCUUUGUGUUUCCUGUGAGCCAGAACAGAGGCACUCGUUCCUACGGGCUUUGAAACCAUCUCACACCACUUCACACUUGUGUAUGUUUGGGUCAAUAACAAACAGAGUCUAUUGUGAUGAGCAGAUUAACCAUGAAAAUAUACUGGAAAAAUUCUUGGCUGGAUAAUUAAAACUUGUAGGAUAGAUGUCCUUACACAGUGCGUGUGUUCACAUGAACGCACUGCCGUUCCCACGUGUGAUGCUGUAUUUUCACUAACAGUGAACAAUAAAAAGUGGUCUGUUUUUUUCAGAUGGGCUGCACUGUGCUUUUUUGACAGUUCAUUACCUGUCUCUGUACAUUUUUUUUUCACAGCAUACACAUGGACACGUUGAAGGAAAAAGUUAGGAUUCGUUUCUUGGAAUUGCCAGCAAUUCACUACAUGAUUUUGGCCAAGUCCUUUCACCUUUCCUGCUUAAAUGUAAUGACCAAUCUAAAAAUGCAUCUAAUAUCCAACUUGCAGACCCAUUCCAAUUUCUAUUUAUAAAUUACACUGUCACUCUCAACUGAACGCUACAGGAAAAUGAAGCUGUUAUCAUCACCCACAAACGGCAUCCGCACUUAGACUGUUCCUUGCUGGCAUCAAGGUGAGCAGACAGUCACCUUGUUGCUGGAACAGGAGCCAAUGCCUUGUGCCAUACACCUCUCCUUGGAAGGUUUCCCAGGAUUAUUUUUAUUUCACAAACUGGUUGCUCCAACCUCUUUUUCAUUUAUUUCUGAAGUCAACAGGCUCCCAGCAUUUCAUCCAGCAGCUUCCUCACAUCAGCAGAAAUUAUCAUUUGACACCUUUGCCCUCUGCUUUUGGCAUUUGAUUGACACUGCAGUCUCGGGCAGCUCGUGGCACUUGAUGCCUGCUGCCAUGCUGUCUCAGGCUGUAAGCUCUUCAAGGCCACAUGCUGAGAAGGGCACAAGCAACUCAGUUUCAGCGAGACAUUCUGCAAGAACAGCCCCCAUACAGCACAACAGAAUUAGCUGUCUGUGAAGCCUGUUGCCUCUUCACACCAGGGCUGGAUCAAGUCUGGCCCCUGUGUCACAAGGUCACCACUGUCUGUCCCCACUGCAAAGCCUCAGUCCUUGCUGAAGCACAGAGAGCUCCAAUCUGAGUAACUGCAGCAGAGUUCCACACAAUUAUUCUUUCUGUCAGAUACCUCUGUUCCCAGCUGUAAAUUGCUGUAUCCCCAUUUUAUGCCUCUAAAUGGUUCCUUUGCAGCAAACUACUGUGUUUCAGCAGCAGCAGUGGGACUUCUAGGUGGAUACAGCCUUUACAGUCAUGAUCCUCCAGGAUGAAAAGAGCUAUAAAAACAUAACAUUAGUCUCACCCUGUAUAUUGGCUUAUUUCACUGUUCAUUCCCAAGUGUGUAGACUGCCCUGUUUGGGGUAGAGUAGUGGUUCUGCAGGAACAGUUGAGAGUGGCUCUUUAAUUAUCCAGCUGCUCCAACAUCCCUUCCUCGUCAUAUCUGUGCAUCCACUGAUAGAAGUCCUUGGCAAGAAAAUGUAACAGGGCUCAACAACUAUGAACAGAACCUUUGCUCUUAGCUGUGAUUUAGUAAAUGAAGGCUGAACUCAACAGCAAUGUCACAAAUUCUCUCUCUUCAAUGGCUUUGGAGUGUUUUAAG